UUUUUGGGACUUCCCCAAAUUGGUGGCUUUUAGAGGUGGAGCUUGGAUGUGUCUUUGAUUUGGGGAAGCUGUUGACCAGGAGAGGUGUCAGUUGUUGUCUGGCGAGGUGCCUGAGUCACGGUCCCAAAUGCCGUCCCUGAAGCAAGCGCUGACUUGUAUAAUCCUGUGGGGUUUUGUUUUAGGCAAAGCCACCAACCGAGUUUACUUCCUUGGAAUUGUGGAAGAGUACUGGGAUUAUGCUCCGACCGGGAUGGAUCUGAUCACAGGGGAAAACCUGACAGAGAAUGAAGAAGCCAUUAAAUUUGCGGAAAGAAGUGCUAACAGGAUAGGCCUUGUUUACAAAAAGGCCAUUUUCAGACAAUACACAGAUGAGACCUUCUCUCAGGAAAUCGCCAAACCAUCUUGGCUGGGUUUUCUCGGACCAGUGCUGAGAGCUGAGGAAAGAGAUACGUUCAUAAUUCACAUGAAGAACUUUGCGUCUCGGCCUUAUUCCGUGCAUCCACACGGAGUAUUUUAUAAGAAAGAUUCUGAAGGAGCCCUCUACCCUGAUGGCACGGGGGGCAAAAGUAAAGAGGAUGAUUUUGUACUGCCUGGUGGCAGUUAUACCUAUGUGUGGCCUGUGACAGAUGAUUUUGCUCCGACUGAGGCAGACGCCAGGUGUCUGACCUGGAUUUAUCAUUCACACAUCGACACACAGAAAGAUAUCAACUCUGGGUUAAUCGGACCACUGGUGGUUUGCAAGGAAGGUUCAUUAGACAGUGCCUCCGUACCAGUAGCCGGCAUGCCUAAGGACUUUGCUGUGAUGUUCAGCUUUACGGAUGAAAAUCUCAGCUGGUACUUGGAUGAAAAUAUAAACACGUUCUGCUUAGAUCCAACCACUGUUGAUAAAGAUGAUAAAGAUUUCCAGUUUAGUAAUAUGAUGGCCGGAAUUAAUGGCUAUUUCUACGGAAACCUUCCUGGCCUGGAGAUGUGUGCUGGGGAACGGGUGUCCUGGCAUAUGUUUGGGAUGGGGUCUGAGACGGACAUUCAUUCUAUCCAGUUCUUUGGCCACACCUUGCUUAAUCUGGGACACCGGGCAGAUGUUGUCAGCCUGUUUCCAGCCACGUUUGUUACAGCAGAAAUGUUGGCGGAGAAUGUUGGGACGUGGCUUAUAGCCUGCCACAUCAAUGAUCACUUACAACAUGGUUUGCUUGGGUUAUACAAUGUCAAGGAAUGUGACCAAAAUAAAACCAUGCCGGUACAGGAAAGUCAGGAGAGAAGAUACUUCAUUGCUGCUGAAAUGAUUCUGUGGGAUUAUGGACCUGAUGGGAUUGAUGCAUUCACAGGGAAACCUUUAAAUGCCACAGACAGUGAUUCAGCACCUUUCUUUACACAAGGAGAUGUACGAAUAGGAGGUCGCUAUUGGAAAGUUCACUAUGUUCUGUACACGGAUGGAAAGUUUGCCACGAGAAAGGAACAAUCUGAAUCUGCCGCCCAUCUUGGCAUACUUGGCCCAGUUAUCAAAGCUGAGGUUGGAGAUACAAUUUUGGUUACUUUUGCCAACAAGGCAGACCGGGAUUUCAGCAUGAUGCCACAUGGCGUGGCCUUCGGCAAGUCAUCAGAAGGAUUCCCUUAUUCAGAUGGCUAUGAGAAGCCAGGAGCCUAUGUUAAACCCGGUGAGACCUUUAUAUACGAGUGGGACGUUCCAGAAACCGUUGGCCCAACAGACAGCGAUCCACCAUGUCUCACUUACCUAUAUUAUUCAGCAACUGAUUCUGUGAGGGACACCCAGUCUGGCCUUGUGGGGCCCCUACUCAUUUGUAAGAAGGGUACCCUGGAGCCUGAUGGGAAACAGAAAGGGAUAGAUAAAGAAUUCUAUCUGCUGUUUACCAUCUUCGAUGAGAAUAUGAGCCACUAUAUUGACACAAACAUUGAUACAUUUACCGGUGAUCCAUCUAAGGUUGAUAAGAAAGAUGAGGAUUUCCAGGAAUCCAACCAAAUGCACUCUGUCAAUGGGUACCUCUUUGGUAACUUGCCUGGCCUCACGAUGUGCAAGAAUGACAACGUUUCUUGGCAUAUGAUUGGACUAGGUUCAGUGGCAAACAUGCAUGGUGUUCAUUUCCAAGGGAACACCAUUCACUUGGGGGGCAGAAUCAGGGAUACUCUCGCUUUGUUUCCGCACACGUCAAUGACGGCACUGAUGCAGCCAGACCGAGCAGGUACUUUCCAGGUGGUUUGCACAACGUUUGACCACUUUACGGGUGGGAUGAAGCAUCUGUAUGAAGUUGAAGCCUGUAACAAGGCCGCCGAAGACAGAAGGUGGUACGGAACCAUCAGAACGCAUUACAUUGCUGCAGAAGAAGUAGAAUGGGAUUAUGCUCCUAACAAGUCCUGGGCGGAGAAGAAGGAGAAUUCCAUGAGCAAAGAGGAAAGUUAUGGGCAUGUAUUUGUGAGCCAAGGUGAAGAUCGCAUAGGUUCAAAGUAUAAGAAGGUGGUUUACAGAGCCUACAAAAGUGGGGAUUUUUUGGAGCAUAAGAAGAGGACCGCGAGGGAGCAACAUCUACAAAUCCUUGGGCCCUUGAUUCGUGCUGAGGUUGGAGACACAAUACUGAUCUUAUUUAAGAAUAAAGCUAGCAGGCCUUACUCAGUCACAGCACACGGCAUAGAAGACACAACAAAUGGCGAAGAAGCACACGUCACUAUGCCAGGAGAAAUAAGCAUUUACCAAUGGAAUGUUCCAGAAAGGUCAGGUCCUGGCAUCAGCGAUCCUAAUUGUAUCACAUGGGUUUACUACUCAACAGCGAAUGUUGUAAAGGAUAUGAGCAGUGGUUUAAUUGGGCCACUUAUAAUUUGCAGAAAAGGAGUGUUGAAUGCAGAGGGUUUAAGGAAAGACAUAGAUCGCGAGUUUGUUCUUCUGUUCACGGUCUUUGAUGAAAACGAGUCCUGGUACUUGAAAGGAAACGUUGAGAAAUAUCUACGCAAGAAUCCAAAGGAAUUCAAUCACACCGCUGAUUUUGUGGAAGGAAACAAGAUGCAUGCAAUCAACGGAAAGAUCUUCUACAACCUCCCAGGGUUAAUCAUGAAGGAAGGGGAAAACACGAACUGGUAUUUAAUUGGAAUUGGAAAUGAAAUUGACAUUCACACUGCCCAUUUCCACGGAGAGUCCUUCCUCCUCAAGACCGAGCAUGAACACAGAGGGGAUGUGUACAACCUUUUCCCAGGGACCUUCCAGACUUUGGAACUUGUGGCCUUUAAUCCUGGGACGUGGCUUUUACAUUGCCACGUGCUUAACCACGUCCACGCUGGGAUGGAAGUAACCUACACUAUCAUCAGCUCUGAUCAUCUGGACACAACCACAAUGGAUGAUACAUUCAAUGUCAGUGGUGGGACUAUUGCUCAAGGUAAUGGCAGAGGAAGAAUAGAUUUUUUUGGAAAACGUUUGAACCAACAAGAGGCAAGCUUGGUUCUGAAAGCUCUUUUUGCCACCGGCCUUGUUCUUUUGACUACCCUCCUAAUCCUAAUGGUUCUUGCUGCUUGUCAGAAAAAUAAGACCAAAUAUACAGCAAUUGGACAGAAAUGUGAUCUCCCAAUGGAAUCUCUCUAAUCAGGCACUUGGCUGUACAGAGGAUUUCAUUCAGUGUGCCUGUUACGUUGUUGGUAUUGGCACUAAUGAAGGGGCCUCAGCCGUCAGCCACGUGUCUUGAAGUGCGCAACGUAAGAAACUACGACGGGGACUUUGUGCAUCGUUCAAAAGUGGGUAGGCCUAAAAAGACAGUGACAAAUACUGAAUGCAAGUUUGUUUUGCCUCCAGUUCAAAUUGUCAUGGGAUAAGGGCAGUGGUGGGAUUCAAAUAAUUUAACAACCGGUUCCGGUGGUGGGAUUCAAAUAAUUUAACAACUGGUUGUUUACAAGCACUAUUUUAACAACCGGUUCUGGCGAAGUGGUGUGAAUCUGCUGAAUCCCACCACUGGAUAAGGGGAAUUGCUACAAUGACAUCUUACGAAUCCAAACAAAUGCUAUGGGAUUACAGAUAACAACUGAGGGCACAGAAAGUCAUGUUCCCUACCCUACACAGCGCUGACUCAGGUUUCUUCCACACCUGACUUAAUUGCAGCUGCUUUAGAACUGAACUACAUACUUCACACAAGAGUUGUGUGAUUAGAAUCACUCAGGGUUUUUGUUGUUGAUGAUGAUGUUCUUGUUUUAAAUUAGCAGGACUACUGCCUUAAAUAUCAGGGCCAAGUUUCAGGGAGGGAAGGAGUGUUUAACCUUCUCCUCCCCCACCUAUUCUAUAGCCCAUCUGAAGCUGCAGUUAGGUUUACAGGAAGAAAAAGAUAGAUGCAGACUCACGGCCGCUCUCCAAUGCAUCUGUUUUUAAUUUGCUUAUUUAAAAAACACAAGCGAUUUUUAUCACUCGUAGUUAUGGACCUUGCUUACACCUAUAUAACUGAAUGGCUGUUGUAGAUUUCUGUGUAAGAAAGGAAAAGUGUAUACGUUCUCUUUCCAGGAUAAGAUGUGGAACUACACCCAGCAGUCUAGUACAGCCAAGUUCCAGAAGCUGAAUCCUAGCUAAUUCUUACAUACAAAUAUUAUAAGCUUCUCUCAGGUUAUAGAUACGCAGUUCGGUAUAGCCAUAUCUAAAUCAGGUACUGUAAUAGUGCUCAUUUUGCCUCACAAACUUGAUUCACGCACGGCAGAGAAUGAGUGCAGAAUCUCACUGCUGGGCCGGACGACCUGUACCAAUAUCAGAGCAAAAGUGGAGGAUCACAUUUUAGAAUGCCAUCCUAUGCUUUAAACUUCUUGCAAACAGGAAAUUUGUACAAGGAGUGGUAGGACCUUUCUCUCCACAGUUCUACUUUUCUUCUGGCAGAGGGUGUCGCCCCCCCCCCCCCAAAAAUGUGAAGGAACAUUUAAAGCUGGAAUCCACCACCCGCACGUUGAAGAAAUGGUAUUGUCCAUUGACUACCUCAGAGUUCUGCCACUUCAUUCUCCUCAAGCGUGAAUCGAGUCUUAUUUAAGAGGAAGGGUGAGGGUAAUGGGUUGGGUCGCAUAUUAGAUUUGCACCUGGGAAGUAUCGUCCACUCAUAAUUGUGCCUUGAGUUGGCGGAGAUACGAUGGGAUAGAAAUGUUACAAAUAAAUGACUCACUAAGCAGCCUUGGGAAAGUCCUCUUUUUGUACUGCAACCCUAAGAAAUCAUAAAGAGCUUGCUGGGAUAUUCCCAAA